GGUCCAACACGACACACUACUCCUCUUAUGCAACUGCUCUCUUUCACAAGAAUAUUUAUUUUCUCUCUUUAACACACACAAAGAAAAAAAACCUACAACAGAUCAAUUCCAUGGCGGCCGAGAAAGAAACCCUGGAAGAGAAAGAAACAAUCGAGAAAGCAAAACAGAAUGGCGAAGUAGAGAAAAAAUAUGACAAGGAAGAUAAUAAAGAGGAAAGCGGAGAAAAGAAGAGUGAUGAUGGGAAUUCGCCAAAAACACCGGGUUCCAGGCCGACAAGGGAAAGGAAGACAGUCGAGAGGUAUUUUGAGUCUUUGGCUGCUAGAGCUUCUGCAACCAAGCCUUUAACAAUUGACAAGGGUCAAGGUACUCAGCUGAAGGACAUCCCAAAUGUGGCAUAUAUGUUGUCCAAGAGAAAAUCGGAUGACAACCUGCAGACACUUCACAGUAUCCUUUAUGGCAAGAAAACAAAGGCACAUAAUGUGAAGAAAAACAUAGGGCAGUUUUCUGGAUAUGUUUGGGUUGAAAAUGAGGAAAAACAGAGGGCAAAAAUCAAAGAGAAGCUUGACAAGUGUGUCAAAGAAAAGCUACUGCUUUUUUGUGAUAUACUCAAUAUCCCAAUUAGUAGAUCUGCAGCAAAGAAGGAUGAGCUCACUGUCAAGUUAUUAGACUUCUUGGUAUCUCCUCAUAGUACGACCGACUCGUUGCUUGCUGAUAAGGGACAGAAGGGUAAGAAGCGAAAAUCGAAGGGCAAAACUUCCAAAAGCAAAGGUUCUGCAGACAAAGCUGCAGCAAAGUCAGCAAAUAAGAAUCAGAAAUCUUCAGGGGAGAAGCGCAAGAGGUCGCCCAAAAUAGAGGAAGAAGAAUCUGAUGACGAACUAUUGAGUACCAGAGAUGAAUCCGGGGAUGACAAUGAUGAUGAGGAAGCCAAGGAAGUAGGAAGUGAUCAGGAAGAGAGUGGUUCAGAGAAAGAGGAAGAGGAAGAGAAACCAAAGAAAAAGAAGUCUAAUGGGAAAGAAGUAGGAAGUGAUCAGGAAGAGAGUGGUUCAGAGAACGAGGAAGAGAGACCAAAGAAAAAGAAGUCUAAAGGGAAAGAAAUAGGUAGUGAUCAGGAAGUGAGUGGUUCAGAGAACGAGGAAGACAAGCCGAAGAAAAAGAAGUCUAAAGGGAAAGAAGUAGGAAGUGAUCAGGAAGAGAGUGGUUCAGAGGAAGAGAAACCAAAGAAAAGGAAGUCUAAAGGGAAAGAAGUAGGAAGUGAUCAGGAAGAGAGUGGUUCAGAGGAAGAGAAACCAAAGAAAAAGAAGUCUAAAGGGAAAGAAGUAGGAAGUAAUCAGGAAGAGAGUGGUUCAGAGAAAGAGGAAGAGGAAGAGAAACCAAAGAAAAAGAAGUCUAAUGGGAAUGUUUCUUUAAAGAAGGAUUCUGGAAAGAAAGUUAUAGAGAAGCCCAAGUCUGUGAAAAAGGAUAACCCUGCUAAAUCCCCCAAAAGUUCGACUAAAUCUACCAAAGUGUCUUCAAGCACAGCUUCCAAAAGAGGUGCUUCUGGUGCUGCUUCACUAGCAUCACCUAAGAAACAAAAAGUUGAAAAGAAAAGUCAUAAAGAAGAAAAUGGGACUGUGAAGGAAAGUGCUUCAAGCAAGAAACAAUCAACCAAGUCUCCUGUUAAGGUUUCUGAAAAGGAAGUAGGAAAAGAAAAAAGCAACAAGAAGGCCAAGGCAGAGCCCAGCAAUGAAGAAAUUCAUGCAGCAGUUGUAAAUAUACUGAAAGAAGUGGAUUUUAAUUCUGCAACUUUAUCUGAUAUCAUCCGACAACUAGGUAGCCAUUUCGAUGUAGAUUUGAUGCAUAGGAAAGCGGAGGUGAAGGCUAUAAUCACCGAUGUAAUAAAUAACAUGAGUGAUGAGGAAGAAGGGGAUGACCCUGAGGCUAGGGAUGAAGAUGAUGAAGAGAAAAAUCAAGGUGAUGAUAGUGAUGCUUAGUUUAUGAGUCAAGAAGAAGGGAUAGUGAUAUGGUACCAUACAGCUCGUUGGUUGUUUUCAUUUAUAUUUUUAGUUGGAUAUAACUUAUAAGAUGGUGACCCCAAUGGGUUGGUCUGUAAGACAUUUCUUUUAUCUUUGCUUAUUCUAUAGUUAACCUUUGAAUUUCUUUUAAAUCAAACACUGUACCAUCUGAUGCUGAACUCGUAGUUUUCAAUUUGUUGUGUUUAUGUAAUUUAUGUAAAACUAUCAAAGUUGACAAUUGGCCAGAUGUGUGGUAUGGCUAACAAUGUGUAUUUAGUCAGUCUUGAACAAAAUUAUGGAAAGCCUCAAAAGUAUGGUGUGAGGGUUUGUUAUU